UAGAGUGAGACAUAACUACAAGAGAUAAAACUGCCAACACUUGUAGGUGUAGAUCGACUCUGAAGUCUUCAAAAAAAAAAAAAAAAAAAAAAAAAAUGGUCAAAGAGCUUAAAAAGAAAGGAAAAUCGCCGGCCCUCAGGAGACGACUAGAGGGCAACAACAGCAUGAUGUCAGCUGGCUCAGAGUCUGUUAAGGACAGCAGACCAAGGAAAAGGAAAAAAGCUGCAGGUGAGACCCCCAGAAGACGGAUCAUGGUCUCUCAGAUGGCUGGAGCCUCCACAAGCUGCCAGGGCACGAACAGAACCAUGAGGAGACUGAGGAGUAACACCACAAAGGAGGCAGAGGUAUCUUCACCACCAGCCAAGAAGAAGAAGAAGGGACUCUUGCAUCAGGUCCUGACCAAAGAACCUCCAUCCUCCUGGGACAUCAGCUCAGAAUCCAGCUCCUGUCCAGUACCGGCAGAGGACUUUCAGAAACCACUGAAGAGGAAGAAGAUGAAGAUGGAGGAAGAAAGAGUGGAUUCCCCAAGAGCUGAAUUCCAGGAAAAGUAUGUCCAGCUGCAUCAGCUUGGAGAUGGAGGUUUUGGAUCUGUGUUUGCUGGAUAUCGGAUCGAGGGUAAAUUGCCUGUGGCUAUUAAACACAUCCCGAAAGACAAUGUGGUCAUCAAACAUAAGGAUGAGAACGGCAGGGAGCUGGCCAUGGAGACUGUAAUCAUGUUGAAGCUGAGAAGUGCAACAGUGCCGCAGUUGGCCAUGGUGUCCCUGCUGGACUGGUACGAUCUGGAUCAGGAGCUGAUUUUAGUGAUGGAGCGGCCAAUGUUUGCUGAGGACCUUCUGGUCUUUCUUAAAGAGCGUGGAGGUUGUCUAAAUGAGAAGGAAGCCAAGAUCAUACUGAAACAGCUUGUAGAAGCAGCGCUUUACCUUCAGAAUGCAAACAUCUUCCACAGGGACAUUAAGGUGGAAAAUAUCCUGAUUGAGACCACCACAGAAGGUCUACAAGUCUAUCUGAUAGACUUUGGUUUGAGCUGCUUUGAUGAUAGAAGAAAACAUGAACUACUCUGUGGUACUCCUGAACACCUCCCACUGGACUGGUUCAUGCACAACAACUACUGUGCUGAACCCACAACAGUGUGGCAGCUGGGUGUGGUGCUGUUCGAGGUGGUCCACAUGAUGCGGUUCAACAGCCACAGCUUCCUGAAAAACAAGCUGAAGAUCAGCAAAAGGCUCUCCAAGAACUGCCAGGAUGUUCUGACAAAGUGUCUGAUGGUUGACCCUGUGGAUCGUCCCACACUGGAACACCUGCUGGGCCACCCGUGGUUUUCGUAGCUUACACACACACACACACGCACACGCCCCCACACACCCACCCCCACACACGCAUACAGGAAUGAACAUGUGUGGACAUUUGGACAUGUAUGUAUGUGUCCAUAAAUAUAUGGACACAUACAUACAUCUACUGAAUGUUUCACUUUCAAAUUUUAACCUUUUGAUUUUGGGGGUGGGUGACAUGUCAAAGCUAAACAAUACUUCCUUCCUUCUUGCCUUCCUUUCUUUCAUCUUUCCUUCCUUUCUUUUUUCUUUCUUCCUUUUUUACUCCCUCCCUAUUUUCCCUUCUUCCCUACCUCCUUCCUUUGAUCUUUUCUUCCUUCCUUCCCUGCAGGUUUGAGAGGGGACCUGGUCCCAGUCUCCAGCAAUCUGUUUUCUUAUUGUGGAAACAAUAUCCAUACGGUUAAUUUGUGACUUUUGCUUUUCUCUGAGUGCUCUUGUUGAAACUAAAUCUAUAAUUUUCAUCGGGACAUUUAUUUUGGCUUCCUCCUCAGUUCUAGAAAUCAUCCAUUCUAAAAUAGCUUAUAAUUUCCGGGGUUUUCUCCGGGUGCACCGGUUUUUUUCCCCUCUAAUCCAAAAAAACCCCACAUCCAUAUUC